AUGCCGAUUCAAACCGAUCAGAUCAAUGACAAAGAUGUGCAGAUUAACGUGGACAUGAAUGGAACAAGCGAAGGUGCCAGAGGAUCUACAACCAUUCCAAAGCCUGAGAUUUUUAAGGUUGACUUUUUUUUCUAGAUUUCGAGACGAAAUUUCUUCUUUCUUCAGAGAAAACCCCUUUCCUACAAUUACAACUAUGAUUUGGCGACUUCUCAAGGAUCGACCGUCAUGAAGAUGUUGUUCAAAUGGCGAGGUUCACUCUGGCAAGCCGUUUACAAGUCAGUUUCGUUUGGAUCUUCGAAGUUUUUUCUAAAAUAAAAGUACCGAAAAUAGAUAUGAAAACUGUUAAAUUUUGGCUUCUCAUACGGACGCAAUCGCUUUUUUUUGUUCAUAACAACGUGUUUCGAAAAGUUAUGUUUGUGUACCAGAACUCACGAAGUCAAAUAUUCUCCUCCUACAAUUCACAAUUUCCAUCCAACGCCGCUGAAAACAGUGUAGCCUCUACUAUAUCACGCGACUUUUUUUUAAAUGAACUAGUCGAAGUUCGAAUUUCUAAAUACCGAUUAGUUAAUCUGAAAGCUUUCCCGCAACUGUACGAGCACGUGUCAAUUCAGUCUUCUGGAGCAAGAUCAUUGUCAUUCCCGAUUUCGGACAUCUAUAGCCGUCGUCAUUAUUUUUAACCUUUCAACAAAAAAGACGCCUGGUUAUCGUCUUAGCGCGUCUUAACGGGAGACAAUGAAGCGUCCUGGAUACUGUACAAAAUCAAAUCAACAAGAGUCGUCUGCGAAAACAACUGCCGAGCAACUCUCGAUUUUUGAGCUCUCCCAAGAAAUCAUUCGACCUUAACGUUGGUCAUCACGGAAUAUUAAUUUCACAAGCUCUCCCUUGCCAUAAACCUCAAGCGGAAACAAUUAAAAAAGCCGUGGGAGCCUUGUCACACGAUCUUUUGACGUCUUUUCUAGUGUUAUGAACUGAUAUCUGAUUCUUUAUCAAUCACUCAUGCCUCUUUUAUUUUUUACGAGCUUCAGCAGAACUCUUGGGGGCGUGAGAAAGGGUAAACAUUUCCGAUAGUUACGAAUUUCGUCGCAUUUUGAACUUUUCACACAAUGAUUCAUAGAACUUUUUCAAUAUUUGUUGAGCUGAAAGAACUUCAAAAAGUUAAAUUAUUUCCAUUUUUUUUUUUCGUUGUUUUGAAGCCUAAAAUGCAUCAGGAGAUUUUCUAAAAAUCAUGUUAAACCAUAGUUAAACCAAUUAAAUACGAUAAGGUGAUUAAAAAUGAAAAAAUAAACGCUGAAAAUAUACAUCUCGGAAGUUCUUUUAUGCGGUGUUCAAAGUAAUCCCCGCGAAAUUCGAACUUAUUUCUGAGUUUCUGAAAUUUCGUUAUUUUUUCCCUCUUUGACAGCUUUUUAAAUUCGCAGAGUCCCUUUGAACACGGUUCGAAUUUACAACAAGUAGUAGAGAAGAAAAGAAUAUAUCUAUACACGCAGGUUUAAAUCUUUCUUUUAAGAUUUGAGGCAAGCUUCAUAAAGCAUGAAAGCAAACGAAAAAUUCAUCAAAAUCGAAAAUAAACCAUGUUUGCUCUCUUAAAAGUUCACAGAUGAUCAUACUCCAUCCUCCAUCAACACCUGACUUUGAAUAUUUUUGGAAAAUAGAUAACAAUAAAUAAUCUGUUUGGGAUGAUUGUAAACGAAAAGAUGACACUCGUCAUGUUUCCGAGAUAAGAAGUGACUUGAUAACUGGAGGCUUUCAGGGUAAUCCUGUCCUGGUUCUCUUCCCAAAAUGGAAAACUAACACGGCCUUAGAUUGAAAAAGUGCUGAUAAAAAUAAAACUGCGACUGUUCCUCGAGCAAAGAUUUUUUUUUUUUCAGGGAGCUUAUUAUAUGGCUCAUUGGCUACACAAUCGUCUCCGUUUGCUACAGAUGCUUCAUGAGCGAAGACCAACAAGAGUUCGUUAAUAAAUGUUUUGGGGAAAUUAAAAGUUCUAGUUUCCAGCUACUUCGAGAGGUUCGGCAAGUACUGUGAUGAGCGAAUGGAUUACCUGCCUCUGAAUUUCGUUUUGGGUUUCUUUUGCAACAUAAUCAUCCGACGCUGGCUCAAGCUCUUCACUUGUCUAGGAAGCAUCGACAAGUUCGUUUGCACAAAAUUCUUCAGAUUAUAAAUUUUUAGUUUUAGUAUUGCUCUUUUUGUUUCGGGUAAUGUACGAGGAGACGAAGAGCGAGCUCGGCAAAUCCGCAGAAAUAUCGUCAGGUUGGAAAAAAUAUAGGAUUUUGAAUCAAUUUAGUUCAGGUACUGCGUUCUAUCUCAGACGCUCGUUUUCCGAGACAUCCACGUGGCGGUCCGAAGGCGAUUUCCGACUUUGGAGUCGGUCGCCGCCGCAGGAAUCAUGUUGCCCCACGAGUUGGAGGAGUUCAACUCCAUCAAGAGCAGGUUUCUUUUUUGCUCUUCAUCAAGAGUGACAACAUAUAUUCUGGUCAGAUAUUCCAAGUACUGGAUGAGCUUCAACUGGACGAUGGAGCUGCUGAACAUCGCUAAAAAAGAAAAGUUCAUUGACGGGGACAACGCGAGGAACGCCAUCGCCCAGGUUUUCUAAUCCGGGAACUUUUUCGAGAAUAUCUGUGUUCCUCUAGGAAAUCAGCAAGUUCCGAGCCUCGUUGACAAUCGUUUCGAUGUACGACUGGGUGCCGAUCCCGCUGAUGUAUCCGCAGCUAGUGAAUAUGGCCGUCCACACCUACUUCUUCCUCUGUGUCUUCACACGCCAGUUUUUCAUCACCGAGGGAGCCAAAAACAAGACUGAUGUGAGAAGAAUGGAAAAAUCCGCUGAAAGAACUAAGAUCUUUAGAUCGACCUCAUUGUUCCAUUCAUGACUAUCAUCGAGUUCAUCUUUUACGUCGGCUGGCUCAAGGUAGGUGUUCUUUUUUUUCUAUACUUUUCUGAAAACCUAUCAAAAUUUAAUUGUGGACACGUAUAUGUAUAUGGCUAGUGUACAGUAUACCAGCCAUAUAUUUAUUAUAACAGAAAACUUUUAUUUUCUUCUAUGCAUUAAAAGUCUAGUUGACUUGAAAGGAUUGCAGGUUGCGAUGGAACUUCUAAAUCCUUGUGGAGAAGAUGCUGAUGAUUUCGACUGCAACCUUUUGAUUGACCGAAAUCUCGCUGUAAGUCGAAGAAAACGUGGUAAUAUCUAUCAGAGUGAACUUUGAAGAUCGGACUGGCUUCGGUGGAUGGCGCCUUCGGCAAUGUUCCUGAAAUCAAGCCAGACGUUUUCAACGGAACUUCUGUGAAGCCACUCGACUCUGACGACACCCGCAGUUUGAAGUUUCAUCUGGGCAGUGCGGCUAGGUAUCUUUCGAAACUCCAUUGGAAACAUGAAAAUCGUCAACUUUUAGAAUGGAAGAAAUAACGGAAGAGGAAGAGGAAAGAAAGCUAAUGAAGAAACUCGGCAAGAAGAAGAAUCCCAUCAAGUCAUUCAUCAAGAGCUUCAGGUGAGAUCCUGUGAUCGAGAACCUCUUUUUAAUCGCUUUCCUUGCAGGAGAAGGAAGCCCAACCUCACCAUGAGCUCGUCUUUUUAG